AUGCUUCAAAUCAUUUUAGCAUAUCUCGUCAUCUUCUAUCAACUUUCAGCAGCAUUUCCAACCAGUUUUGGUCAAUAUAAUUUGGUGGCGGAAGAAAGCGAUGAUGAAACAACACGAUAUUUUAUUGUUGGUGACUGGAGUGGUUUACCAGUAUUGCCAUUUGAUACACCAUCUGAAGUUGCUAUAGCUGAUGCAAUGGGCAAAUUAGGUGUAAAAUUGAAUACAACUUUUCAAUUGGCAUUAGGUGACAAUUUUUAUUAUUAUGAUGUUCGAGCAAAUACUUUUGAACAUGUAUUUUCGGCGACAUCAUUACAAACUUCUUGGCAUGUUUUAGCUGGUAAUCAUGAUCAUAGAGGAAAUGUUUCAACAGAAAUUGAAUAUGGAAAAAAAUCAAAAUGA